AUGCAGCAGGCGGACGCGUCCGUGGUGAAGGAAACGGCGGAGGCGGCGCGGCUGCUGGCCGUGGCCUUCCACAUGCUGGAGGCGAUGGGGCCGGAGGCCAACGGGGCGCGGAAGAAGCUGCGGACUCUGGAGCUGCAGUUCAGCCACCACGUGGCCAGCAGCGGGGCGGAGCUGCAGUCCGCAGUGCAGCACAUGCGGCGGGCCGAGGAGCAGCUGGGGGCCCUCAGCAGGGCCUUUCAGGAGGGCAUGGAGGAGCUGCGGGACAACAAGGCGGCCCUGGAGAUAGUGCAUGCAGCGCAGCAGACAGUGGCGAAGUUUGGGUCGGUUUUGGGGCAGCUGGGGGCCCCGGGGGCCGCGGCGAAGCAGCUGCUGGUUGCUGCUGCAGCAGCAGACGCGCGCGGCGACGCGGCGGCGCUGCAGCAGCUGCUGCUGCUCGCCGAAGACGAGACGCAGAAGGUCCAGGAUGUCGAAGAGGCCUGCCACGGCUACCUCGCGGACUUGACGCUGCGCGCGCAGGCGCUGGAGUCCACAGCUGCUGCAGCAAAGAGCGAAAAGCUGAAGGCCAGGAUAGCAGCAGCAGCGCAGACGCUGCGGGGCCGCCGGCAGCAGCUGGAGGCCUCGCUGGCCCAGAAGGCUGCAGCAGCAAGGGAAGCUGCUGCUGCUGCCAGGGGCGACUUGGCGCAGCUGAUUGCCCAGCGCCUCGACCAACUCCAAAGUGCUGCCAGCGACGCAGAGGCCUGGGGCCGCCAAGCAGCGCAGCAGCAAGCUGCGCUCAGCUCCAAGAUGAAGUCCUACGAGGAGCAAGUUGCUGCUGCGCAGGCUGCAGCAGAACAGUUCAAGAAGCGGCUGCUGGAGGACAUCGAGGAGGCCCAGAACAAGGUGACCAGUGGUCACGUCGAGUGGGCCGCCCUCGAGGCCCAGUACUCCCUCAGCUCCCGCCAGGGCGCCUUCCACCGCCUGCUGCAGCAAACGAAGCAGCAGCAGCAGAAGCAGCAGAAGCAGCGCAGCGGGCCUCCAGGGGCCUCCAAGUGGCAGCAACUCUCGCCAGCCACGCCAGCAACGCGCAGCAGCAAGCAGCAGACAUGA